AUGUGGUCAGUAAGUCACGAAGCGAUAUCGUUUCGUGAUCCCGAAUUGGUCAGGAAUGUUAUUAUGUAUCGUGAUUAUCAGAGAAGUGUUCGAGGUGCUCAAAGUAUGAAGAACUGCCUCAAGACAUUAGAGGGUUCUCCGGAUUUCUACUGUGAAAUGGGCUGGGAAUUCGCAAGUUGGGUACCAUUCAUCAGUCGAAUGUGUCCAUCUGAUACAUAUAAGGCAACCAAGCAAACUCUCCAUGACGAUGAGACAUUAGAGGAGUUUAAUCCGUCCGAUGAAGCUGUACAGAUGCGAAUGUCAUCGCCCAUUUCGACAACGUUCAUUGAUGUCGACAAGAUCGGUUUCGAACGAUCAUAUCGUGGCGGUUUACUCGGUUGGAUAAGUAGUACAGAGAAGACAGAGACUAUCGAUGAGUACGAGUGCAAGGUAUUCAAUGCGUCAAACGUAAACCUGGUCACAAAAACCCGCAAGGAGCAUUUGUCAGAAGAAGAUUCUGCACGUGCAAGACAGGAGGAGAAUCCAAAUCUGUUGACGAAUCUCUUGACCACAAUUCGUCGACCUAAGAAAGUUACGAAAAAGUCGAAUAAUUUCAAAGCGACGUUAUGGCUAGCUGAAGAUUACCCGCUUUCUUUCCAGGAACAAGUAAUGCCUAUAGUGGAUCUGAUGGCCGCAAAUAGUGCUCAUUUUGCUCGAUUGCAUAAUUUUAUACGGAUGCAACUUCCAGCCGGCUUUCCAGUUAGGAUCGAGAUCCCGCUGUUCCACGUCGUCAGUGCAAAGAUCACGUUUGGCCAAAUCAACGAGCCAGGGCCGUUUGUAACGCCUCUGGAGACAAUGUCCGGAUUCAAAGUGACAGCUGUCGCCAUAGAUGACGAUGUUUUCACCAUACCGCCUUCAUAUAGAACAGUUGACGAUCUCAAUGCAAGUUUAUGGUGGCCAGAAGACGAACAAGAUAUGUCGAGUUUGCAGGGUGGUGGAGCUUCCAUAUGCCAAUUACUUCCACCGGAUGCCGUGCCGUUGUACGAUGAGGAAGCGGAAGAACAAAGGCAAAUCGCCAUAGCGAUCAAUGAAAGUCUGAGAAUGGCUGGGGAAUCUUUGCCACCCGAAGAAAUUCCACAGGAGGAGGAUGAUCCGCUUGCGAUAGCCCUCCGUCUUUCUCGUGAUGAAGAACAACGACGACAAGAAGAAGCUCGUAGAGAGGAAGAAGAACUCGAGCGGAUCUUGCAGCUUUCGUUGGUGGAUAAGUGA